UGCAGGCCUGUAAUUGAAGUACAAGAUGGCAAGAACCAGCCACAGCAACUAUGUCCUUCAGCAGCUAAACAACCAAAGAGAGUGGGGCUUUCUAUGCGACUGCUGUAUUGCUAUCGAUGAUAUUUAUUUUCAAGCACACAAAGCAGUUCUUGCUGCAUGCAGCUCCUAUUUUAGGAUGUUUUUUAUGAACCAUCAACACACUACAGCCCAGCUGAAUCUAAGCAACAUGAAGAUUAGCGCUGAAUGCUUUGAUCUUAUUUUACAGUUCAUGUAUUUAGGAAAAAUUUUGACAGCCCCUGCCAAUUUUGAGCAAUUUAAAGUGGCCAUGAACUAUUUACAGCUAUAUAAUGUACCUGAAUGUCUAGAAGAUAUACAGGAUACAGACUCAUCUAGUUUAAAAUGUUCAUCUUCUGCUUCUAGCACCCAGAAUAGCAAAAUGAUAUUUGGUGUGAGAAUGUAUGAAGACACGCUUGCUAGAAAUGGCAGCGAAGCAAACAGGUGGGGCAUGGAGCCGCCAAGUUCAACAGUAAAUACAUCCCAUAACAAAGAGCCUGAUGAAGAAGCUUUGCAGCUAAGCAGCUUCCCUGAACAAUUGUUUGAUGUCUGCAAAAAAAGCACCACAUCAAAAUUCUCUCACACAAAAGAGCGUGUGUCCCACUCACGCCGUUUUGGAAGAAGCUUCACCUGUGACAGCUGCGGGUUUAGUUUUAGCUGUGAAAAGCUACUGGAUGAGCACGUGUUAACGUGCACUAACAGGCAUUCUUACCAAAGUGCCAGGUACUACAGUGCUGAAAAAACAGACUUUAACGAAAAGGACUCUACUUCUAAAAUCAUCUCCACACAAACAGAAAAAUACAAGGGGGACUCAAGCCAAGCUGCGGAUGAUUCUUCGUCUCCCGUGUCAAACAUCACAAGCAGAAAAAGCAGCACAGUUGCCUCUGAGACAUCAGGUGAAGAAGGGAGCAGAGCCUCUGAGAGGAAGAGGAUUAUCAUCAAGGUGGAACCAGAGGACAAUCCCACAGAUGAGCUGAAGGAUUUUAAUAUUAUUAAGGUGACAGAUAAAGACUGCAAUGAGUCUUCCGACAAUGACGACCUGGACGAUGAACAGGAAGAGCCGCUUUACAGGUACUAUGUUGAGGAAGAGAUCAGAGAGAAGAGAAAUGCUCGGAAGACUUUAAAACCCCGUUUAUCCAUGGACGAGGAUGAAAGAAAGUGUUUGAAAAGUCCACGGCACCUUAACAGGAAGGCUCCCUCAGUGCAGGAAGAUGUGGAGAACGCUCCCUGUGAACUUUGUGGGUUAACAAUCACCGAGGAAGAUUUGUCCUCUCAUUAUUUAUCCAAACACAUAGAAAAUAUAUGUGCUUGUGGCAAGUGUGGUCAAAUACUGGUCAAAGGCAAGCAGUUACAGGACCAUGCACAAACCUGUGGAGAACCCCAGGAUCUGACCAUGAACGGUAUCAGAAAUUCUGAGGAGAAAAUGGACUUGGAAGAAAACCCUGAGGAGCAGUCAGAAAUAAGGGACAUGAUGUUUGCAGAGAUGCUAGAGGACUUCAGGGACAGUCAUUUCCAAAUGAACAGCCUUCAAAAAAAACAGUUAUACAAGCAUUCUGCCUGUCCUUUCCGAUGCCCUAAUUGCGGUCAGCGUUUUGAAACUGAAAACCUAGUGGUUGAACAUAUGUCAAACUGCCUGGAGCAAGAUCUGUUCAAGAACUCCAUGAUGGAAGAGAACGAGAGGGAUCACAGACGUAAGCAUUUCUGCGAUCUUUGUGGGAAAGGAUUUUAUCAGCGUUGCCACUUGCGGGAACACUAUACCGUUCAUACCAAGGAAAAACAGUUUGUUUGUCAGACAUGUGGGAAGCAGUUCUUAAGAGAGCGCCAGUUGCGGCUCCACAAUGAUAUGCACAAAGGCAUGGCCAGUAGUGAAAUAGGGACUUCUAAGCUUCUGAACAACUGAGAGAACCAGGUUUGAAGAAGACAUGAGGAAGAACUGGUCGGCAAAAGAUUUCAUAAAAACUCAGAACCGCGUGUGCCAGAUCAGAAUUGGCACCACCUUUGCUUUUUUGACAUACUGCAGCAGUCGCAAAAGGCACCAAACCACUCAAAUUAGAACAUGCAGUAAAAGUUGGUUUUGGACUCUUCUCUGUAUUAUAAAACAUUCUUCCUUGUGACUAUUAUUUACACCUGUUACAAACAAUAUUUGAAGUCUCCUUUCAUGGAGCAAACAGCUGAAAGAGGCAGAUGCCAGGUGUUAAGGGCUUCACUGAAAUGAGUUUGCAGAAUUUGCUAUUCAUGUGUUGGAUUGCUCCUUUUCUGAAAUGAGGCUUAUUAGAGUUUCUGUCAAAAAACUGUUUAGAUCUUUUAGUUCAAAUAUUAAAGUGUAUACUCAUGAACUAGAACUUAAUGUAUUUUCAGACAGUUGCAAUGCUAAACUAUCAAGUGUUAAAAAAGAGAAAAAAAAAAUUACCUGGAGUACAAGGUGAAAGAAAAAUCGUAAAAACUGAGGACAGUGGGUCCCUGAGGAAGGACAGGAUGGUGAGAAAGAUCCAGCUGACCCGAUUCCCCCGCUGCCAUGAUCAUCAUUUGCAAGCUGAAGAGGACCUUCCAUGGAGCACAGUGCU